CCCAAUUCUUCUCCCAACUGCUUCAGAGUAGGAUUCUGACGACCAUUAUCAACCACUUUCAGAUUCUCGGGACUUUGAUUUAUCAUGGACAGCUCCCCCCUUCGACCAAGUAUGUCUUCCGCAAAUCGCGGAGUGGCGAGCGGACGCAACCGUCGUAAGCGUUCAAGAGAGCCUGAAGAUGACAAUGCUGGUGCAUCUUCCCCCGCUGGCGAUAUCCGAUCAUCCCCUCCUGCCUAUCCCAUCCAGCAUGGAGGCGAUGAUGACGACGAUGUUGAGGAAGAUGUUGAGCUUGCUCUCGAUAUUGACGAUGCCGACGAGAUGGCUGAAGACGAAGACGGAAUUGACCUCUUCGCAAACAAUUUUGAGCGUGAUUACAAGCCUCGAGAGGAUGAUCGCUACGAUGAUCGAGACAUUGAUGAUGAGGGCGACUAUGGUGAUCUUGAUGUUGCCGAGAGAAGACGUCUUGAAGCACGCCUCAAUCGCCGGGAUCGGGAACUUGCCCGCCAACGACGGAUGCCAGCAGCAUUCCUCCAAGAUGAAGAUGACGAAGGUGAUCUCGAUCUUACAGCCCAGCCACGACGCCGCCGUCACCACUACGAUGAAGACGAAGACGAGGAUAUGCAGGAUGAUAUCAUGGAAGAGGAACUGUCUCUUGAGACCCUGCAAGAUGUCAAGGCAUCCAGCUUGGUCGAAUGGGUCUCGCAGCACGCCGUGCAAAGGACCAUCAAGCGCGAAUUCAAGGCCUUCUUGACCGAGUACACCGACGAGCACGGAGUUUCAGUUUACGGAAGUCACAUUCGAACUCUCGGAGAAGUCAACGCAGAGUCCCUGGAAGUCUCAUACGACCACCUCUCUUCUUCGAAGGCUAUCCUGGCGUACUUCUUGGCGAAUGCUCCAGGAGAGAUGCUUAAGUUGUUUGACGAGGUUGCCAUGGAGGCCACUCUUCUUCAUUAUCCCGAUUACGAACGCAUUCAUUCUGAGAUUCAUGUUCGCAUUUCUGACUUGCCAGUUCACUACACUCUCCGUCAAUUGCGCCAAACCCAUCUGAAUUGCCUGGUCCGCGUUAGUGGUGUUGUUACUCGACGGAGUGGUGUUUUCCCGCAAUUGAAGUAUGUCAUGUUCGACUGUAACAAGUGCGGGACUAGACUUGGACCUUUCCAACAGGAAUCCAACGUGGAAGUCAAGAUCUCUUAUUGCCAGAACUGUCAAUCUCGUGGGCCAUUCAACCUCAACUCGGAGAAGACGGUUUACCGCAACUACCAAAAACUCACUCUCCAGGAGUCUCCAGGCACUGUUCCGGCAGGCCGUCUUCCCCGUCACCGUGAGGUUAUCCUUCUGUGGGAUCUCAUUGACAAGGCAAAGCCUGGAGAGGAAAUUGAGGUCACUGGCGUCUAUCGCAACAACUAUGAUGCCCAGCUAAACAACAAGAAUGGUUUUCCAGUUUUCGCUACUAUUCUCGAGGCCAACAAUGUUGUCAAGUCUCAUGACCAGCUUGCCGGCUUCAGACUCACAGAAGAAGAUGAGCAAGAAAUUCGAGCUCUGUCUCGUGAUCCCCAAAUCGUCGACAAGAUCAUCCACUCCGUAGCCCCUAGCAUUUACGGCCACACAGAUAUCAAGACAGCUGUCGCUCUCUCAUUGUUUGGCGGUGUUGCCAAGGACAGACAGGGCAAGCAUCACAUUCGUGGCGAUAUCAACGUCCUCCUACUCGGUGACCCAGGAACUGCUAAGUCACAAGUUCUAAAGUACGUUGAGAAGACUGCUCAUCGCGCCGUCUUUGCCACAGGUCAAGGUGCUAGCGCUGUUGGUCUCACAGCCUCUGUGCGAAAGGAUCCCUUGACCAGCGAGUGGACAUUGGAAGGUGGUGCUUUGGUGCUUGCCGAUAGAGGAACUUGUCUCAUUGACGAGUUCGACAAGAUGAACGAUCAAGACCGAACCUCCAUUCACGAAGCUAUGGAACAGCAAACCAUUUCAAUCUCCAAGGCCGGUAUUGUGACAACACUGCAAGCUCGCUGCGGCAUCAUCGCAGCAGCAAAUCCAAUCGGAGGUCGUUACAAUUCAACGAUUCCAUUCUCACAAAACGUGGAGCUCACGGAGCCUAUUCUCUCCCGUUUCGAUAUCCUCUGCGUUGUUCGCGAUACUGUCGACCCAGCUGAGGACGAGCGACUUGCAAGAUUCGUCGUUGGAUCCCAUGGUCGAUCUCACCCAGCUUCUCAAGCCACCGAUGAGAACCAAGCUACGAUGGAGAUGGAGCAUGAUUCGGAUGUUCGUGCUGGGGCUGUUAAUGGAGGCGAGCCCAAACAGGAGGGAGAGAUUGCACAAGAGCUGCUCCGAAAAUAUAUCCUCUAUGCUCGGGAGAGAUGUAGUCCUAAGUUAUAUAACAUCGAUGAGGAGAAGGUUUCGAAGCUCUUCGCAGAUAUGAGGAGAGAGUCAUUGGCAACUGGAGCUUAUCCAAUUACCAUCCGUCAUCUUGAAGCAAUCAUGAGAAUCAGUGAAGCCUUCUGCCGAAUGCGUUUGUCAGACUAUGUCUCUUCGCAAGAUGUUGACCGUGCUAUCGCUGUCACCAUCGACUCGUUCGUGGGAAGUCAGAAGGUCAGCUGCAAAAAGGCUCUCGCUCGUGCGUUUGCCAAGUAUACCUUGGCUCGUCCGGGUCAAGGGAAGAAGACUGGAGCUGGUAGAAACUUGGAGCGUGGAAAUAGAACUGCUGCGGCGAUGGCUUAGAUUUGUCAAGGGCUGGUUCAGGGCGUUGUGGAUACCGUCUUUUUGUGGAUUAUGAUGAUUGUACCGUACACUCGCAUGACAUAAUGAAGAACUUGAUUUAGGAAUGAUUUGGAUUAUGGAGAGCUGCGUAACUCCGUAAUCUGACGUCGAGGAUACUGCGACAGGAAGCUGAAACGUCUCUUGCGUUGAUACGGCAGCUUGAAACCUUUUUGGAUGAUGCUAAAUCGUUUUGCCACUUCCAGCGCAAUCAUCUUUCGUUACUUGAUAGCUGAGUAACUAGUUUGGGAAGGAAAUAAUAGUU